UCAGCCAAUCGGAAUACUCAAUUUCGACCACCGCUGUCACCACAGCCAAUCAGAGACCAGGAAACAGAGCUCGGGGCUCAACAGCUUGUUGUUCGUGUAUCGCUUCACAGCGAGUGAGAGGGGAAGCAGCCGCGUCCGAGUAUUGAUCCGGAUCCUUUCGAGCUGGACUCCCUCAAAUAACCGGAGAGAUGAAGGCAGCAGACGAGCCUGCCUACCUGACAGUGGGGACGGAUGUCAGUGCCAAGUACAGAGGAGCCUUCUGCGAGGCCAAGAUCAAGACUGUGAAGCGCAUGGUGAAGGUGAAGGUGACCCUGAAAGGUGACAGCACUUCCCAGGUGGUGCAGGACGACCAGGUCAAAGGGCCUCUAAGGGUGGGCUCCACUGUGGAAGUGAAGACUAACGAGGGUCUGUCCAGUGAAGGCGUCAUCGGUAAGCUGACGGACGCCAGCCUCUACACUGUGGUGUUUGAUGAUGGAGAUGAGAAGACUCUUCGUCGUACGUCCCUGUGUCUGAAGGGAGAGAGACAUUUUGCAGAGAGUGAGACGUUGGACCAGCUGCCGCUGACCAACCCCGAACACUUCGGCACGCCGGUCAUCGGUAAGAAGACAAAUCGAGGAGGACGGCGUUCGUCCCAGGCCGUGGCUGAUGAGGAGAACGAGUCUUCGUCCAGUGAGGAUGAGGAGGAGGACAGGAGGAGGUUGAAUGACGAGCUGUUGGGGAAAGUAUCCUGCAUCGAGAACGAGGAUGAACAGCCAGGCAGCUGGUACCUGGCCCUGGUGGUGUCUCCGAGCUGUAACGAUGAGCUGGUGGUGAAGAGGGAUCAGUGUCUGGUCCGAUCCUUCGGAGACGCCAAGUUCUACACGGUGGCGAGGAGACACGUCCGCGCUGUCACCUCCUCCAGCAUCAUCAGGUCCGAGUUCUCCAGCAGUAGAGGUUUUUUAGCAGCCCAGACGUUCUUGAAGAGCAGGGAGGUUCCAGAUUUGUGGAAGAUGGACAUGAGUCAGAUCCUGGACUCCUCCUCCAGUGAUGAAGAGGACGAGGAGGAGAAGGAGAGUGACGGAGAAGAGGAUGAUGAAGAGGUGAAGAAAAAGAAGAAACACAUGAAAGAAGAGCCGGAGGAGGAGCUGGAUCCGGAGGAGAGAGACCACUUUCUGCAGCAGCUCUACAAGUUCAUGGAGGACAGAGGGACCCCGAUCAACAAGCCCCCUGUGCUGGGUUACAAAGACCUGAACCUGUUCAAACUCUUCAGACUGGUUUAUCAACAGGGAGGCUGCCACAAGAUUGAGUCAGGGACCGUGUGGAAGCAGGUCUACAUGGAUCUGGGGAUCCCCAUCCUGAACUCUGCAGCGUCCUACAACGUGAAGACGGCCUACAAGAAGUACCUGUACGGUUUCGAGGAGUACUGUCGUUCCGCCUCCAUCGCCUUCAGGACCAUCCAUCAUAACAACCCCCGCCCUCCCACCAGUCCAGCCAAUCUAAGGCAGGCUGGGGUGGAGCUAAAAGAGUCCUGCUCGCCAGAAUUAAAGGUGGAGCAUGUGGAUGACAAGAUGGAGGAGGUGGAGUCAGAGAGUGAGAGUGAAAAGGAGGAGGUGAAGGAGAGACAGUUGUCCCCAAGGGGGAGGAGGAGGUGUGUGGGGAGUCUGGUGAAGGCAGACAGGGAGUUUCCAUCCAGACCAGAGAAGAGAGGAGGAGAUAACAGUGAGGAGCAGAGGGAGAUGAGGAGACGCAGCCACAGGAGAAUGGAGGACUCGGAGAGAGGCUCUGAGGAGGAUGAUGAUGAUGAUGAAGAUGAGGAUGAGGAGGAUGAGAUGGAGAGGAGGAGAGGAGAAAGGAGUGAAGGCGAGGAGGAUGAGGACUCUCUGGCGGGGACCAAGGUGAGGGUUAAGUACGGCCGGGGAAAGACUCAGAAGAUCUACGAGGCUCACAUCAAGAAGACGGAUGUGGACAACGGAGAGCAGUUCUACCUUGUUCAUUACUACGGCUGGAACGUCAGGUACGAUGAGUGGGUGAAGGCUGACCGGAUUAUCUGGCCCCCGGAGAAAGGGACAAAGAAGAGACAGAGAAAGAAGGGCAAGAACAAGGAGGAGUCAGAGAAGGAGCGAGACGAUGAGAAGACACCGACUAUGGCGGUGAAGCCGCCGGGAGCGAAGCGAGGUCGACCUCAGACCAGGACCCCACCCACAGGCCUCCCAGGACGCAGUGUUUCAAAAACGCCCAGCACAGAGGGACGUUCCAACGGCAGGAGCAGGUCUGAGACGGCGUCCAGCAUGUCCAACGGAGACAACACUCCUCGCAGGAGAACACGGAGAACGUCGGGGAUGUACGACUCAGACCGAGCGUCCAAUGAGGAGUCUGGGAACUCAACUGAUGACAGUGAAUCAGAAGACACGCCUGACGAUAAGAAGCCGUCGCCAUGGAGAGGGAGGGUUGAAGCCCCACCCAGCCACCAGCAGGAAGAGGAAGAGGAAGAGGAGGAGGCAUGUGAGAACAUCAUUCCAACCGUUGACAAUGAAAACACUCUUGCCACGGGAACAGCAGGUCAACUUCCUGCUGCCUCAGAGCCUCAGUCUCCCAGCAUGCCUCAGGACAAAUUCCUGAGCCAAUCAAUGAAGAAGGAGGCAGACGAGGGGGAGGAGCCUUCAGUGGAACCUGCCAAGUUACCUGUUCACUCAGAAAAGGAGGCAGGAACGUCGCCUCUGCAGGAGGGAGUCACCAGGACACUGUCCGUCCACGAGAGCAGCAAGAUGUCUCCUAGACAGGAAGUGGUCAUUAAGACGUCCCCCCGAAGGGCGUCCCCCCUCCCUGACAGAACCAAUAAGAUGUCUCCUUCCGCUGCUGACAAACACAAGUCAUCUCCGGAAAAGACACCGCCGGUAUCGUCUCCUCUGUCAGCUCCUGCAGAGGAGGAGGACAACAGGUCAACUCCUUUGUCCUCCCCGAGGCUCAAAGGUCGUAGGUCGAACAUCCGAGAGACGGGCUCUGAAACUCCGCCCAGAACACCCCUCUGCACUCUUAGCCCUGCCCAACAUGUUAGCCCCUCCAACAUGGCAGCAGUGUCAUCUCCUCCUCGUGGUGUCCUGAAGAGGCAGGAUGAGCCAAUGGUGGUCCUCCACUGCCUCCCUACCCAGCGCCUUCCCCCUGAGUCUCCCCCCGCAGACUCUGACACUGACUCCGCCUCUGAGGAGGAGGAGGCGGGGUUACUUGAGGAGAGGAGCUCUGCGCAGAAACGUAAAGCAGCAGACCAGCGAACAGCCGAGAAGAAGCUGCGCCCCGAAAGGAGGCAGGAGGAGGCCGCGUCCCCCAAAACUCCCCCUGCAGCGUCCAAGAUGGCCCCCAGCACGUCACCAAAGACACUUUCCCCCCUGCGGAGGGAGGAGUCUGAGAGGAGGAGCACGGUGAAGACAGAGGAGUGGCCCAGUCUGGCUGAAGAGACUCUGAAGGAGGUGUCAGGGGAGCGACUGACUGGCGGAAUUACAAAGGAGUCAGAGGUGCAUGCUGGGAUGCCAGAACCUGCUGUGGAGGCUCAUGGCCCUGCCCCCUCCGAGGAGGCAGAGCCUCAGAUUGGCCCUGAGGCUCUGGUCUGCCACGAGGUGGACCUGGAUGACCCUGAUGAGAAGGAGAAGCCUUCUACCCCCCCAGAGCACCUCCUCCUGAUGAUGAGGGAGCCGCAACAAGUUCCUCCCACUCUGCCUCCUCUUCUCAACACCUCUCUCCCCUCCUCCCAGUCCCCCCACCUCCCCCAGCCUCAGGUUAGGCCCUUCCUGCCGGCCACCGCUCCCAGCUCCUCCCCUGAGGAGCUCCACCCAGCCAGGAGCGCUGCAGAGGAGGAGAGAGGAGGGGGGAGGAGGGAGCAGGAAGGAGACUCCAGCCCAGGAUUUGAUGGCAGCGCCUCCUCCUCCACCUCCCUGCUGUCCCUGCAGGACGCCAAGGACAGAGGUCAGAAGAGGGUGAUUGAUGUAAACUCGAGCCCGACAACCAAGAAACACAAACGUAACCAGAAACGAGCGCACACACCUGGGAAGGCGGACAAGAACGGAGCAGGGCACAGCAGUGACAGCGAGGACCAGUCCCGGGUCUCAUCUCUGUCCCAGAAGUCUCCAAAGUCUCGUUGUCCCGGCCUGUCGUCUCCAUCGUCUCACAGUAAAGACAAACAACCCUUCUCUCCUCAGAGGACCUACAAGUGGACCUUCCAGCUCGACGAGCUGGACUCCAUGUCCAGCACAGAGAGGAUCUCCUUCCUGCAGGACAAGCUGCAGGAGAUCAGGAAGUACUACAUGACCCUGAAGUCUGAGGUGGCGUCCAUUGACCGGCGCAGGAAGAGACUAAAGAAGAAGGAGAGAGAAGUGUCUAACACCACCGCCUCCACCUCCUCGGGCUCCUCAGACACCGGGAUGAGUCCUUCCUCGGCCUCGCCCACGCAGAACACCGUCGCUGUGGAGUGCAGGUGAUAACACGCCCACUAAAGGCCCUGCCCACUCCUGAUCAGCCCUGUCAUUCCACAGACUCCGCCCACUCUGCCUGCACUGAGGUCAUGAUUGGAGAAACCUCCAGGUCAGAGACUGAGCUCAGACUGACAGGGGCACAAGCCCCACCCCCUCAGCUAUGGACUGACUUCCUGUUUGAGGACACUGAAACCAGCCUUCUACUCGCCGCCACAGAGAUCGUCUUUACAUCAUCCUGAUUUCAAAAUAAGUCUGUUUACUUCCUGUAAGGUUUGACAAACAGGAAGCAGCAGCAAACGUCUUUAUGCAAAUUAUUUUUCUCUUUUUUUCAUUCAAGAACUUUUUUAAGAAAACAGAAAAAAACAAGUUUUUGUCCUUUUUCUACAGAAUCAGAUUUUAUUUAGAUAAAUAUACAGAUAUAAAAUCAAAAAAGUGAAGAGGGAGGGAGGGAGGGGAGAGAGGUGGACGUUUUUUUUUUUUUUGUUGAAAUAAUUCAAAUGAAGUUUAUUUAUUCGGGUAGUGUGUGUGUGUGUGUGUGUGAGAGAGAGACUGUUUGAGUGUGUGUGUUUGGAGGAUCUUUUCUGCCAGGAAACAAUAAAAACGAUGAAACUAAAAACAAUUGAAGUCGAACGUUCAGCCUGACGAGACGACGUGUUUUUAUUUGAACAAUGGAAACGUCCUGAACGUUAGAAAACGGCGUCGGUGGUGAUGGAGAGAACCUGCAGACGAAGUCGGUAAACUUUCUAAUUUUAACAAAAUAACUGACAAAGAUGAAUGUCCCAUCAUUCGUUGUCGAGGAUCAGUAUUUGUUUUUUUGGAGUUUCCAAACUACAGAAGCCCUGAGUGGACAUGUAUCCAAACGUUUAAUUUCUCUGCGUGUUUCGUAACCACGAUUUAAGUUUGUUUAUUUAAAGAAAUCUUUCAUUUGAAUGUCAGUGUUUCUCUGUCGAUCAAUGUGACUUUAAAUUCAGACUUAAGGUAUUUAAAACAGGUUAAUGAUGUCACAGAGUAAGGCUAACGUUCGCAGUGUUAGCACCUCCAGUCCUCACACCUGAGCUGUGAUUCGUCGCUCCGGUUGAACUCGACGUGCUGAGCUCGUUAACAUCAGGGUAGUAGAGCGAGGAGUAGGGGCCCCUUUACCAGAGCUGCAGCUCCAGCUAGUGGCAGAAGGCUGCAUUACAGCUUGAGCACAACCUUCGACCGUCAUCGAGGGCCAACGGAUCAAAUAGGAAUAAGACGUUAAACGGGCUGCAGAGUAACAGGCGAGACGGCGUUUAACUGCCUGAACAGAAACUUCUCUGAUUCUCAAUCGUUUCCUCGACAUAACAACUUCGAGAUGAACGUGGUCGAUAUCAGGAGAAUGCGUUUGUAUGCUCAGGGCUUCCACACACGGGUGUUUCUAUUAAAGAGUAGGUCAGUUACAGGCGGGUGAACAUGGAAGAGCGGCGAGUUGAAUCUCAUCAGAUAUGAAAUCUGUUUUCAGUGGGACUCGGGAAACCUCAUUAACAAGGUUAAAGUCGACCAUGGCGUUUUUAUUUACCAUCUUUGUGUUUGAAACGAUAAACUGACUCAUGAAUGGAUUCUUUAAGGAGUCGAUUUUAUUUAAAGAGCGAGUCUGAAACAUGACUCAGCAGAAUGUCACUUUGACUGUGAGUCUUUUUUUCUUCUUCAUUGGUAAUAUUUCAGCGUUUUUCUUCUUCUCUGGCUGAUUUGAUCAUCCGUCUGUACGUCCCCCUCUCUACUAGAGUUCUGCUGCACUAUUUCCUGUUGUUUCUUCUUCCGUGGUUUUUGUCUCUGUGGCUGUGUGUCAGACGGCUGUGUUGUUUCUUUGUGUUGUAAAUAAAGCUCUGAGAAAAGAUUAAAGGUCGGUGUGGAUGAGAGCACAACGUUUUCAGCCUGUAAAGAAUGAUUUCUACCAUUUUUAACGGCUCUUUGUAUCAUCAACUCUGUUUGUUUUCUAUGUGAUCGUUUGUUAGCGGCGGUUUGAGAGCGACGACUGUAAAUACACACCCACCCACAGAGGAGUGUGUGGCGCUCAAUGAGCUCUCUGUUUCUAAUAAAGUUUUUAAAUACA